UGUCGAUCUGUAGUUUUUGUAGCGGAUUGUCACAUCUAGGCGGCGACACAGAGUCCCUUUUCUCUAAAAACAACAACAUUUCACCUUCUCUUUCUUUUAGUCAAAAUGCUUGAGCACGUUUGAGUGACCAUGGAGUGCGUUUGCCGUCAUGUAGUGGAGCGUUAAUACGGCGAAAAUAUUGGGAGAAGGAAACUUGAAGGAAUCCAAGGAGCUACAGUUGAAAACAUGGCUGUUCGCGAAGAAGGAGAGGUUUUGCACAGUAAAAUCAGGCACCACGAUGGGGUUGCCAAUGCAAACAGCACAGAGAGCUUCAGGAACGGCUAUGUGAAGAGCUGCGUCACCCCUUUAAAACAAGACCAUCAAAGGGGAUUUUUGUUUAACGUCUGUAGGUUUUGCAAUGAGGACAUUCUGAAUUCAAAAUUAUUUCGAAUUUCUGGUCUAUACCUGGGUGCAUUCGCAAUUUUUGCAGUUUCGUUGCUUAUUUCCAGGAGCUUGCAAAGUGACUUCAGCUUUUGGGAUUUGCGGAGUUUUCUGUCGGGCUUCUCUCAGUCCAUCAGCCCUCUCUUUAGCAUAGGCUGUGCAUUCUUCUUUUUGACUUUUUAUCUAAGGAGGAAAAAGAGGGAAAGUAAUAAAUGUUGGCUUGUGUCACUGCCAGCAUCAUGUUACUUAGGGGAUUUUUUGGUUUUGCGGUUUUUGCAGUGGGGAGAGGACCAACACCAGAUGCAAAUGGUGGGCAGGUUGUUAUUCGUGUUGGGUUGUGUGGGUCUCCUAACACUGAUCCCCACUUUGAAACUCAAACACAGUGUUCUGAUCCUGGUGUUUGCCAGUGUUGUGUGGUUGGUGUCUUUCACCAGUCUGAGCUGUCUGCCUGCGCUCCUGAGACCCGUGUUUGCAUGUUUGGCGGGUGUCUCAGGCUCGCUCUUGUCGCUCUGUUUUGACCAUUAUUACCCGUCGAGGGAAGCGCCAAACAGGAUCUCCAGCACCGAGGAGAAAGUCCCUGUGAUCAGACCCAGGAGAAGGUCAAGUUGUGUUUCUUUGGGGGAAACGUCGACCAGCUAUUAUGGCAGCUGUAAAAUGCCUCGCAGACCUUCAUUACCGUGCAUAUCCAGAGAACAGAUGAUCCUAUGGGACUGGGACCUGAAGCAGUGGUACAAGCCCCAGUAUCAGGGAGCAGUAAGCGGUAACGGGGUGGACUUAUCGGUCAUCAACGAGGCCAGGAACAUGGUGUCUGACCUGCUGAUGGACUCGUCCCUGUCGCCCCACACUGUCUCUUCCCUGCGCAGCGUCAGCAGCCUCAUGGGGACCUUCUCUGGCUCCUGUCGGCCCAGGGUCAACCCCUUCACCCCCUUCCCAGGUUUCUACUCCUGUACCGAGGUGGAGGACCCUGCAGAGAGGGGCGACAGGAAGCCCCUGAAGGGUCUUAGCAGCAGGAACAGCCUGCCCACCCCCCAACUCCGCCGGGGCUCCACCUCCUCCCCUCUCCCCCCUCUGGAGUCGGCCUCCUCCCGCUGGGAACGCAACAACGGCAAGAGACCGGGACCCCACCCUGACCUCAAUAUGACCAGCCCGGGGUCUCUGUCCAAUGGGCCCAAUGCUAACCUGUUGACCAUCCCUAAGCAGAGGUCUUCCUCUGUGACCCUGACCUACCAUGCCGGGCCCAGGAGAGCAGGUGCGUCCCCCAGUCUGAGUCCUGUCAGCUCCCCCAGCCACUGUCCACCGGGGGGAGGUCCAUCCUCCCAGGUCACGCGCCCCCCGGUGGAGUUCCCUGACACGGCUGACUUCCUCACCAAGCCCAGCGUCAACCUGCACAAGCCCCUGGGCUACAUCCUCAGCUCCCCUGACUUCCAGGGGCCCUACCGCAGCCCCGCGGCCCUGUGCACCAGCUGUGGUCGUCAGAUGCUGAAGAACAUGCCCAGUAUGGAGGCGGGGGAGGGACACCUGCCGUUCACUGGUCAUGCUGAGGCCCAGCGCAGACGCUCAGCAGGUGAGGGGUCAGAGUUCAUGGGGGAGGCACUGAUCAGGGAGGAGAGUGUGGAGGCCGAGUCGACGGGGGACAGGAGUCCAGAUGCAGGGAGCCGGGGCCAGACAGAUGAGGAGGAGCAGAGCCCCACCACAGAGCAGCAGACUCAGGAAACAGCGGGUGAGUUCAGACUAGACCCCCUGCUGGAGAACCACGAUGAACUCAUGGAGAAGAUCAACAGUUGGAACUUCCAGAUCUUUGACCUGAUGGACAGAACAGGAGGGAAGACAGGAAGAAUACUCAGCUACGUGACCUACACUCUGUUCCAGGACACUUGUCUGUUUGAGAUGUUUAAGAUCCCUGUGAGGGAGUUCAUGUCCUACUUCUGUGCACUGGAGAACGGCUAUAGGGAUAUUCCCUAUCAUAACCGGGUCCAUGCCACUGAUGUGCUCCAUGCUGUCUGGUACCUGACCACCCGGCCUGUCCCAGGGUUCCAGCAGAUCCACAACGAGCAUGUGACAGGAAGUGACACAGAUUCAGACAGUGGGAUCUCGCCGGGUCGGGUAUCAUACGCCUCCUCCAAGAGCUCGUCCAUCUCUGACGACAGCUACGGCUGCCUGGCAUGGAACAUCCCUGCUCUGGAACUCAUGGCACUAUAUGUAGCAGCUGCAAUGCAUGACUAUGACCACCCUGGUCGCACAAACGCCUUCCUCGUAGCCACUAACGCAGCUCAGGCUGUGUUGUAUAAUGACCGUUCUGUCCUGGAGAACCACCACGCUGCGUCGGCCUGGAGCCUCUACCUGUCCCGGCCAGAGUUCAACUUCCUGGCCAACCUGGACCACGUGGAGUUCAAACGCUUUCGCUUCCUGGUCAUUGAGGCCAUCCUCGCCACAGACCUGAAGAAGCACUUUGACUUCCUUGCCGAGUUCAAUUCAAAGGUGAAUGAUGUGAACAGUCCAGGAAUCGACUGGACUAAUGAGAAUGACCGGCUGCUGGUGUGCCAAGUCUGCAUUAAGCUGGCAGACAUCAAUGGGCCGGCCAAAGGGCGUGAUCUGCACCUCAAGUGGACAGAAGGCAUUGUCAAUGAGUUUUAUGAGCAGGGGGAUGAGGAGGCCACUUUGGGAUUACCCAUCAGCCCCUUCAUGGACCGCUCCUCUCCCCAGCUGGCCAAGCUGCAGGAGUCCUUCAUCACACACAUCGUGGGGCCGCUCUGCAACUCGUACGACGCCGCUGGCCUGCUCCCUGGCUACUGGAUCGACGAGGAGCGCUCUGAGGAUGAGGAUGAGGAAGAGCAGGCAGAGGACACAGAGACUGAUGAAGACGAGUUGGAGGAGGAGCUCGAACCAAAAAGGAGAAAAGGCCGGCGUCGGCUGUUCUGCAACAUCAUGCAGCACCUGACGGAGAACCACAAGGUGUGGAAGAAGACCAUCGAGGAGGAGGAGAAGAGCAAGGAGAAGCAGCAGGCCAACAGCCUGCCUCCCAGCCUGCCCCCUUCACCCUCUGACGACCAGAUCCAAGUCAUUCAGGAGGAGGAGGAAGGAGAAGAGCGCCAGUAGCAGGAGGAAGAGGAAGAGGAGGAGGAGGAGGGACAGAGCCAGGAUGCUCGGGAAGGGCGGAACAGUGAAGGAGAAAGUCCUUCAACUCCUCCCUCUUACACACACACACACA